AGCGGCGAGAGAAAAGUUGGGGCAGCGACGUAGCUGGUUGCACUCAGUGCUUGGGCGAUUCCAGGCUUGUAUCGUGGCCCUAGCAGCGCUGCUUUCGCUGUUGCAUUUGUUUUUCUUGGGCUGAGCAGGUAACCAUGUGCCAUUACGGUACGAAAAGGCCUUCUUAGUCGAGGCGCGUCAUUCUCAUUGCAUGAAAGCGCCUCUUUAUGAACCGGUGUAACAGAAAAACACAUUAAUGAGCAUUAUCACUACAUUCGGUCCGUUCGGCCUUGCAUCUGCGGUGGCAUCGUUCGCUAGUAGCUACGCAAUAAACAACGCAGCCAGCAGUGGAGCGAACGCCUCUCACCAACACCACCGAAAAAAACCCCACUCUUCCCCCUUGCGAAGAGUGGUCGAGCCCGUGACGUCACGUCCUGUUCGUCUGCCUGAAUGAAAAAAGGAGCACAAAAAUGCUGGAAUGGGACGAAUUUCUGCGCUGUUGCAAAGAGAUUGAAGCCGUCUCGGCCACGUUAGACGACGGCUGGCGUUGCGUGGUCGACAAGGAAGGUGAGCUGGGAUCCACGUACCUGGAGAAGCGGUGCACCUCUCUGCACAAGACUUCCGGUCAGCGCGCUUCUUGGUCUGGAGACUUGCUGGGCGCGGAAGCUGAACAGCGCCUCGAAGAGGCGGCGCCAGACCCGGGCUGCGCCGACGUCGGGGACCGCGUGGAGGAGGUCCUGCAGUUCGUGUACCACGUGAUCUACAGCGCCAGUUACGGGGUGCCCGUCAUGUACUUCAACGUUUGGAGACGCGACGGCAGCUUGCUCCCGCUGAGCGACGUCUGGUCCCUGAUGCCCGAAUGCCUGCAGGAGCAGCUGAAGCAGCUGCGGUGGUCGACCGUGACGCAGCAGGAGCACCCGAUCCAUGGGGUCCCCUACUUCCAGCUUCACCCGUGCAAGACGGCCCAGCUCAUGGAGCAGACGCGGCCAAAGCACCAAGACGGAAAGCACAGCAAUUACCUGGUGACGUGGCUCAGCUCGGUAGCUCCCGUGGUUGGUCUGGAGUUUCCUGUCCAGUACUCCGCCAUCGUGGCACCGGCGUCCUCGUGACGUCUAGUGACGUCAUAUAUACGACUUCACUGGGUGCUGUUAGCGCCUCCCAAGCGCAGCUUCUCUGUACUGUAGUGCGAUGUUACUGCUGUACGCAUGCGUAAUGCGCCGUGCCACAUUAAGAGUGACUGUGCACCACGGAGAUGAUAAUGAUGAUGACUUCUUUCUGUACUUUGGGGCUGUUUCCUUUGCCGUUACGUCUUAAUGAACAAUAAAAGUGAGCCAGAUAA